ACGGGAAGGAAACAGCAGCCAUGGGGAACAAGAGGAAGAGAUCUUGACAGCAGAAGAAAGUGCAAGACAGGGCAGAAAGUGCAAGAUAGGGGGUAGGGGGAGAGAGAGAGAGAGACUGAGAUUUUGGACGUGAUUCAAUUAGAGGAGCAGACUUGGAUAGAAGGAUUGAGAGAGACAGGAAGAGCCAAGGGAUCGGAGAUAAUAGAGAGGAGAAAAGAAAACCAGAAGAGACAAGGUGAGGCAGAAACGGAGAACAAGACAGGAGACAGACAAAACAAGUGUGGGGAAGAUCAAGUGAGCAGAGACAAGGAGAGAGAGAGGGAGCCACCUAAAGCGACAAAGGACGGACAUCGGGCCCCCUCUUCAGUUCCUGGCCCCCCCCCCCAAGGGCUGGCCAUUGAUGGAGGAGGUUCGACCUCGGAGCAGCCUCAGCCUGGCCAGCAGCGCCUCCACUGUCUCCUCACUCAGCAGCCUGAGCACGAAGAAGCCUGCCCGAGUGGUAAACAAAGUCCAUGCCUUUGGAAAGAGGAACCAUGCCCUCCGAAGGGACCCCAACUUGCCUGUGCAUAUUCGGGGCUGGCUUCAUAAGCAGGACAGCUCUGGACUCCGGCUGUGGAAACGCCGCUGGUUUGUUCUCUCCGGCCAUUGCCUCUUCUAUUACAAGGACAGUCGAGAGGAGAGUGUUCUGGGCAGUGUUCUGCUCCCCAGCUACAGUGUUAGGCCGGAUGGGCCGGGAGCCCCUCGAGGACGACGCUUCACCUUUACCGCUGAACACCCUGGCAUGAGGACCUAUGUUCUAGCAGCUGAUACGUUAGAGGACCUGAGGGGCUGGCUUCGGGCACUGGGCCGGGCCUCAAGAGCAGAGGGAGAGGAUUGUGGGCGAUCCAGGUCACCCGCACGUCCCCAGCCUGGGGAAGGCCCUGGAGGCCCUGGGGGUCCUCCAGAAGUGAGCAGAGGAGAAGAAGGAUGCAUCUCAGAGUCACCAGAGGUGGCUCGGCUCUCCAAAGGUCGUGGCAGACCCAGGCUGCUCUCUCCCAGCCCUACAUUACACCUGCCAUCUAGCCCAGGAAUGAGGAGGACAAGAAGCCCAGACCUGUUCACACCGCUUUCUCGCCCACCCUCUCCUCUGAGCCUUCCCCGUCCCCGGUCUGCUCCUGCGCGGCGGCCCCCUCCCUCAUCAGGAGAUGCAACCCUCCCUGCCCGACCUCACACCCCUUUAAGUCGCAUCGAUGUCCGGCCUCCUCUGGAUUGGGGUCCCCAGCGACAGACCCUUUCCCGGCCCCCGACUCCCCGCCGAGGAACCGGCUCCGAAGCUGGCGGAGUUCGACCCUCCAAGAGCCCCCAGCACUGGAGUCAGGAGCCCAGGACACAGUAUUCCUCUCAGGCCUCCUCUGGUUCUUCCACUUAUCUCCAGCUCCCCCCAAGACCUCCUGGGACCCGGGCCUCCAUGGUUUUGUUGGACAGAGCCUCUGCUCAGCAGCAGCUGUGGAUGGUGGAGGACACACUGGCUGGUCUGGGGGGGCCCCAGAAGCAGCCCCCGCCCACCGAGCCUGAGUCCCCUUCCCCUGCGCACCAAGGGGAGGAGUCCUCAGAGAGAGAGAGCUUGCCUGAGUCUGCAGGAGUGAGCACGCCUCGGUCCCCUGAGGCUGACUGGGGGCGGCCCCCGGGACGUGACCAAGGUGACAGUACUCUUGCAAGUCCACACACAACAGGUCUUGAGUCUCCAAGGAUCUCCCGGGCACCCAGCCCUGAGUGUCGCCGCCCUUCUUCCCCACAGCUGGGAACCAAGGCUCCUGUAGCCCGGCCCCGCAUGAGUGCAAGGGAGCAGCUGGAGCGCAUGCGCAGAAACCAGGAACAUGGCCAGCCUCUUCCACGCCCUGUCUCUCCCAGCCUCCUCACCCUAGGGAGGACCCUGUCCACAGCCAGACACCAGCCUGACAUGGAACAAAGGCCUAUCGUAGGAGCUGCAAAAUGGCUCAGAAGCUCAGGGUCCUGGAGUAGUCCCAGGAUCACCACACCAUACUUGCCCACCUCCGACGGUCACCGGGAGCGAGUUCUCAGCCUUUCCCAAGCCCUGGCCACUGAGGCAUCGCAGUGGCACAAAAUCAUGACAGCCACUCCAGGUGGAAAUUCGGAGGCCAGGGGAGACCUUCCCCCUCCAGCACCUCCGCCCCCGGAAGAUUCCACGCCCAGAGUGGCCUCUCCCCUACCAUCUUCUCCCGUGGCCAACUCAGGGUCCAAGGGUUUCCCACGCCCCGGUGGUGGCAGGGGCAGAGGCCCCGCCCCCUGGGAAUCCACGUGGGACCCUGGGAACGCCCCGCCCCAGGCGCAGGAUGAGGGGGCGUGGCCUCUCCGAGUCACUCUGCUGCAGUCCAGUUUCUGACUGGCCCAAACGCCACGGCCAAUCAGAUCGUGGGGGCGUGGCCCUGGCGGUGCCACUCUGAACGGUGGGACCACUCUGGGUGCUAAGGAGGCGUGCACGGCCUCCACCUGUGGUCCGAGUGGGCGUGGCAUCUGUGGUCAAAGAUUGAUUCCCUCCCCACCUCCCCACCGCUGUCUAAAUUUGGAUUAAAACUUUGAACUUUUA